CCCAACUCGAGUCGAGAGGGAGAGAGUGAGAGAGAAGAGAGGAGUUCAAAUGGCAUCAAAGGCUUUCUCCAAGUCCUUGCUCUCCUUCCACCGCUUCCUUCGCCGAAGGCUGUACAACCCACUAUUCCUCCACCGAAGAACUCCCCAUGGAUCCCACCUAAAGUUUCAGAAGAGCCUCCUCCCUAUGGAGCAGCUCUCGGGCCGAACACUAGUGUUUGAUGUGGAGGGAGGCCUCUUGAGGUCCUCCUCCACCUUCCCUUACUUCAUGCUUGUGGCCUUGGAGGCUGGAGGCUUCUCGAGGGGCCUUCUCCUCUUGCUUUUAUACCCUUUACUUUGCUAUUUCAGCCAUGAGGUGGGGCUCAGGAUGAUGACCAUGGUGUGCUUCUUUGGGAUAAGGAAGGAGGGGUUGAGGGUUGGGAGAGCAGUACUGCCCAAGUUCUUCUUGGAGGAUCUGGGCUUGGAGGGUUUUGAAGUCUUGAAGAGGGCUAGGAUGAGGGUUUGUCAUACAAGAAUGCCAAGGGUCAUGGUGGAAGGGUUUCUGAAAGAGUACUUGGGGGUGGAAGUGGUGGUUGGAAGGGAGCUGAAGGAGUUUGGUGGGUAUUACACUGGACUAAUGGAGGAGGAGGGCGAGGUGGAGCUGGAAACGAAGGCAUUAUUUGGCCAAGAAGAUUCGAGCGAAGGUUCCUUCGGCAUUGGAAGUUGCACCAACUCUGCUCGGCACCACCUUUUCUCUCGUUGCAAGGAAGUCCACCUGGUAACAGAAUCUGAGAAGAGGACCUGGCAUGCCUUGCCAAGAGAGCAAUACCCAAAGAAGUUGGUGUUCCAUGACGGCAGAGUGGCCUUCAGGCCAACCCCAAUGAACACACUUCUCAUGUUCCUCUGGCUACCACUUGGUGUCCCCCUAUCCCUCUUUAGAUCCUCAGUGUUCUUGCUUCUGCCCUACAGAAUAGCCAUUCCCAUUGGAGCCUUCUCCGGGAUGAAGUCCAGGCUCAUAUCUCCCCCCACCUUCAACACCCAACGCCCGCCCGAUGCUCGCGGUCACCUCUACGUCUGCAACCACCGGACCCUCCUCGACCCAAUCUACAUCUCCGCUGCGCUCAACAAGCUCGUGACCGCUGUCACCUACAGCAUCAGCCCCAUCUCCGAAGCUUUAUCGCCCAUCAGAACAAUGCGGCUGACGCGUAACAAAGAGGAAGACAGGAGAAGAAUGGCGAGGCUCUUGAAUCGAGGAGACCUUGUGGUGUGCGCUGAAGGGACCACCUGUAGGGAACCAUACCUUCUGAGGUUCAGUCCACUGUUUGCAGAGUUGACGGACACGGUUAUUCCAGUGGCACUGGUCACCAGGGUGAGCAUGUUUUAUGGCACCACAGCAAGUGGAUUCAAGUUCUUGGAUCCCUUCUACUUCCUCGCAAAUCCAUACCCAGAGUACGACGUUGAGUUUCUGGAGAAUGUAUCGACGAAUUCCAUUGAUGGAAGGAGUUGCAGAAGCCAUGACGUAGCCAACCAUGUCCAGCACAAGAUUGGAGACGCCCUGGGCUUUGAGUGCACCACACUUACCAGGAAGGACAAGUACAUGAUGCUUGCUGGCAACGAAGGGAUUGUUGACACGAAGCCAAAAAGAUUGUGAUACAGAACCAGGAGGAACCUAGGGAUCAUCUGAGAAUGAUGCUAGAAUACUUGCAACAGACACGAAGCCAAAAAGAUUGUGAUACAGAACCAAGAGGAACCUCAGGAUCAUCUGAGAAUGAUGCUAGAAUACUAGCAAACAGACUAUAGCUUGUUUAUUCUUGUGUGGAUAAAGAUCAUAGCUUGUAUUUCUGCUUGGCGCUCUACCGCAACAUAGACUUGUUUAUUAUUGUACUCAUUCUUUGAUCUGAAAUAGGAGAAAAGUAGAAGACAAAUUUUGA